AAUACAACCUGCUUAUGCUACCUUUGGUUACAUUUUUCUUUGGAGCAAUUAGAGUGUCUAAUAUGAAUCUAUCCUAGGCUUAUUAACUGUAAAAUUAUCAGUGUAAGUGCUCACGAGUAGUACUAUGGGGGAUCGUGCCUGCUGAAGUUUAGGUCCACUAUUAUUAAGCAGAAUGAAAUUGUUGUAUUAUGAAAUAGUGUCAGUCUCUUUUCUCCUUCUUGUGCUGUGCUUUCUGCUGUCAGGCUCUAGCACUCUUAGAGAAAAAAAGAGAGGAAAAAGAGACUUGAGUGAUCCAACUUGUAACUUCUAUUUUGAGCCAAGAGAACAAGGUUGCUAGGGAACAUAUAGUCAUGCUGUACUGACACAUUGUGAUGUGUUCACCUACCAUUAGGCUCUUAGAAAGACGAGUCGUGCAGUCAGGUACUUUCCUAGUAUAAGAGCAGUUGUCAAUCAAAUGGUGAGGAAUAUGCAGCAGAGAGCAGUGCUAAGUACGUCAAGUACAGACACUGCAUUAUCUGGAGAUGGAUCAGCUCAUCAAGGUAACUGGCCAGAUGCUAGACUUGGUCCAUUUGCUCCAAAAGACCCUCACUUUCCUCUUCCUGGAAAUGUUGGUAUUGAACUCCCUCACAGACGAACUAUGGCAGAAGCACUGUUAGAGUUGGAAUCAGAUGACAUCAGAAGAGCAGUGGCCAUAGAUACGUACGUGAAGGAUGUUGCAGAAAAUUAUGAGGAAGCUGUUGAGACAGAGAAGAGCACUACAGCUGUUGGAACAGUAGAGUGCAGUGUUCAACAGUGCCCAUCUUUCCUUCACCAAGGCUUCAUGGAGCUUUUUCCUGAUAUUGGAGUGCAAAUGGGCCAGCUAACAGUGGUUAGCAUCAGCCAACACACUCAAAAUGACAUGAGUGCAUGGUCACCUUAUGUGGAGGAAGAACGAGAAGGUCUCAUGGCUAGUUUUGUAGAAAGUGCAAAAGAGAUCUGCAGUAGUCUCCUAGCAGCUGGUUAUUGGGCAGACUUCAUUGAUCCAUCAUCAGGCACAGCAUUCUUUGGACCUCACACAAACAGCACUUUAUUUGAGACAGAUGAACGAUACAACCAUCUGGGCUUCAAUAUAAUGGAUCUUGGCUGUUGCAAAGUGAUCUCACAUCAUGUGUGGGGAUCCUUUGCUUUUGUUGGAACUAUAUUUACUAAUGCCCCUGCUAACUCUGAUAUACUUGACAGCAGCCUUGUACAGAAGAAUUCUUCAGCUUAGAAGAAAAGGACUGUGUGAGAAUUUCUAUAUUUCAAAAAAAAGUUGUAAUGCCCUUAAUAUCUUCUUUAUUUCAUUACCACUUCCAAGGAUGGAACUGCCAUUUCUUGUGAUGAGCUUGUUGCCAGGUCACUUAUGGUUCAACUACUGUAAAGGUGGAACAGUUUUGACCCUUGUGAUGUUUAGAUUUAUUUAUGGGUGGCCACUUGUUUUGGGUAGUUAAUAUUUGUGGGCCAAUCCACCCUGAUAACAAAGAAAUGUUUAAAGGAACUGUCACUUAACAAACCAGAAAAAGGAUAGAAUUUAUUGAAAAGAAUACAGUCAUCUUACUUUAGGACAGGGAGACAUUGUCUCAUAUUGGGUCAUCUAAAACAGAGAUCAAAUGAGUUUGAAAGACCUUGUUGUAUCUGCGUUUCCCCCUAAUUUUGAAGUUGCUAGGUUGUUUUUCUCAGAAAAUAUUCACCUUCAAUGUUAGUGAUGAAAGCUAUGUCUUCAUUGGAGCUAGAAAAUAUUUUUCCUGUUAAAAGCCACAAAAGACUACCCCUGUUCUCUUAAGAUGAAUUUCACUCAACUCUCCUGGCUGCUAAUUAAGCAGUUAUUUCAAGGACAACUCUGGAAAGUAAAUCAUAUUUUCGUUUAAAACUCGUAGGUGUCAGGUUGUCCUACAGUACAUAAUGUAGAAUUAAGCUGUAAGUCCCAAAAUCUAGCCUGACUUUAAUGUUUUCAAAGAACAGCUAAGAAGCAUACUAGAGCAAAUAUUGCAUGUACAAAAUUAUCUGUUGUUCUGCUCAGUAAGUUUCAGUUGUAAAUAAAGUUUUCUCAUUCAUCUUGCCACUGUCCUUAAGGUUCCCAACAAUGACCAGAAGAGGCAGCCGAAAUGAAAGACACUGUUGUUCAUUUAGCAUGUCCUAAGAUUAGAUUCAUUUCUGUACAUAAAAUAUACAGUUAUAAAAAGAUAACUAUGGAUACCAAUAUGUUGGAAUGUUCCAGUACAUAUACUGUAGACUCCAUUACCAGCUAUUGUUCGAGAAAGGGGCAUACAACAUAGACCAGGCUCGAGUGAGUGGCAGAAAUCAAGUCUACAUAUACUGAAGUCCAAGUGUGAAGGAAGAGAGCGCUGGCUGCUAGCCCCAAUGUUUUGAUGAAAAAUGUUUUGGAAAAUUUUGCCAGCUUACAUUCUGAAUCCCUGUCUUUAAGGCUCUUUUAAUUUGGCCUCCCACCUUGUGUGCAGGUCUUGAACUGACAACAGACACAAUAGUUUCUUUAGCUUGUUAAAUGAGGUUUAGAACCACCUUAGCAGAGGAAUGUUUUACAGUCAUCCCAUACUUUUACAGUGGAUUAGAAAUAGAGGACUAUCUGGAAAGACUAAACAAUAAAAUAAACGCUAUCAGCGUCCUGUGUCAAAAG